AUGAGUAUCAAAAAUAAUACUACAUCUCCGACGACAACGUCUCGCAGAACUCGUCGUUGGGAUCCAUUAGAACAGAGUGAAAAACAGAAAUUCUGUGUCCAAAGUAAACCACCGCUUUCACUUCGUCAAUUUCUUCGAUCUACUAUAACCAGCAAUCCAGACGGUAAACAUUGGAAGCCAGCUGGAUUGUAUCAUAGAUCUCUUGUCCUGGAAGACCCACCUACGAAAGCACCGGAUACUCUGCCUAAGAUUAUUAUAAAAGGACGCAAAGAUUCACGUCCUGUUUGGUCUCCACCUGGUGUUGUUAAAUUCAAACGACCUGCGUCCUCGAAGGAAGAAAACAAACCACCAAAAUCUGAACACACUCUAACUGAGUCCGAAGACACUCGUGUAAAAGUGACUCCAUGGUAUCCUUCUGGUAAUCCAUAUUACGAACCAGUAACAUAUUUUGAUGCGCCAAGUUUGAGAUGGUCAUCUCAACAAAUCAAACAAUCAAUGCCCGAAUUCAAAUCGAUCCCAAAUAAUUCAUCAACAAAUCCGAAGAGUGAUCAUCGAACCAAGCGAAAUCUUUCUCAGAGACAAAAAGACAGAUGUUUUAUAACAAAAGCCGUUUGGUUAUCAUCCAUAAUAAUUUUAGUAUCUAACGGAUAUAUACCAUCUUAUGCACUUAAUAUACAUCUUUUUAGUAAUCAACCAUGCGAAGCUACAUUCAGAAGUGCAAGAUCAUUAAGCGGCAUACUUUUUACGAAAACAAAUUUUCCACUAGCUCAGCUUAUCAAUAAAAUUGAGAAAAUUUCUAUCUUAAAUCAAGUAAAAUCAAUUGCAGAGGCUGGAGAUGCCGAAUGUUCAUUAAGAUUUCCUGUUAUCACAAAAGUCGAGACAAAGAAAGCGCUACGUCUGCAAGUAGCUCAAAUAUAUCCUUAA